ACUGGCCUGAGCGUUCACUCCGGCGUCUCUUUUCACCCACCGUGUCGGCUCCAGCAUUGGACUCGAAAUGCCUGUCUGGGGAGGCGGAAACAAGUGUGGGUCCUGUGGGAGGACCGUGUACCAUGCGGAAGAGGUACAGUGUGAUGGGAGAAGCUUCCACCGCUGCUGCUUUCUGUGCAUGGUUUGCAGGAAAAAUCUAGAUAGCACAACAGUGGCAAUUCAUGAUGAAGAGAUCUACUGCAAAUCCUGCUAUGGAAAGAAGUAUGGGCCAAAAGGCUAUGGCUACGGCCAGGGCGCUGGCACACUCAACAUGGACCAUGGUGAGAGGCUGGGCAUCAAGCCAGAGAGUGUUCAACCUCACAGUCCUACAACAAAUCCAAAUACUUCUAAAUUUGCUCAGAAAUACAGAGGUGCUGAGAAAUGUUCCAGAUGUGGGGAUUCUGUAUAUGCUGCUGAGAAGAUAAUUGGUGCUGGAAAGCCCUGGCAUAAAAACUGUUUCCGAUGUGCCAAGUGUGGGAAGAGUCUUGAAUCAACAACUUUGACUGAGAAGGAAGGUGAAAUCUAUUGCAAAGGAUGCUAUGCAAAGAACUUUGGGCCAAAGGGAUUUGGCUAUGGCCAAGGAGCAGGAGCCCUUGUUCAUACUCAGUAAAGGUGUAAACCCCAGAACCGAGCAUCACACACAGAGAAUCUCUUCAUAAUUCAGGCACAGAUAAUCUCUUAUCUCUUAACACUAAACUACUGUGAAAUGCUACCAGCAUAUAAAUACGGUAGAUUAUACUUGGACAGAUUGGCUGACUUGUAGCAAGAGAACACUGUAUCCUUUUGUUUUAUUCGCCAGCAUUUUAAAGAACCACUUUUUUACAUUUUAAAUAAAACUUGAGCUU